CGGCCGCCCCUCACUCCCUCCGAAAGCGCCGACGAAAGCUCACUCUCCGCUCGCUCCGUUUCGUUUCCCGCCGAUUUUCCGGGCGAUCCCCGAUUCCCGCGCAGUUCCCGAUUCCCGGGCGAUGCCGCUCCCUCGCCUAUAGGUCACCUCGAGGCCUCCCCCGUUGUUUGUUUUUUUCCACGACUUUCCGUUUCGAGGCUCCGCUCUUUCGCUCGGCCCGCCAGGACUCUCGUAUUCGGCGGUUUCCGUCGUCGGUUGACCUUUCUCUCCGGUCUCCGGACGUCCCCAGUGGUCACUAACACGCUUCCGGUGUAAGUGUGUGUGUGUUUUUUUUUCGGACUGAUCUUUGGGAUUAAUUGAAGGAACUUUCGCAUCCGAGGUUCCGUAUCACACAUUUUGAGAAAAUGCGCCAGGCCCCCGUCCGCACAAUCGAGCGGCUUUUCCGAGCCUUCAUCGUGCUGGUCUGCCUGUCCCUGCCGACGGUGCUGGGGCUCCCACUCUACGGCGGCAAACGCUUCGCCCGCUCCAGCCUCCACUACCCCCAACGCUCGGCCUCCGCCCUCCAGUGGACCCCGCUCCCGUUCGCCGCCUACCAGCCCCGCGUCACGCGCUACUACCCACCCUACUCGCAGGACUACUCCCUCGAGGACUACUACCCCCAGGCCGCCUACUACUACACCCCACCAGCGGCUGAAGACGCCACCUACCCCUACUACUACGUCGACCGCCCCGCCGGCUACUACGCCUACAAAGACCCCUACGAAGAACCCUACGAGGAAGAACCCACCGACUAUGAGUUCGCCGAGCGGCGACCGUGGUUCGACGACUCCAACGACCUAGACACCCAGAACUCGGACGCUAUUUCAGGCACUAUCGUUUUCGGGCCGGCACAAUCAACCGCCCGGCGGGACGACACUCCGAUCACCUACGGCAAGAAGAAGCUCUCGAAGUACGACGAUGAGGACGAGGAUGUUCGCGAGUUGAAGAGCUUGAUCUACGGCGAGGCGAAGCCGCCGAAGAAGCACCAUCACGACUCGGACUCCGACGAACAGAGUGUCUACAUAGCAGAGCGCGACGGGGUGUUCGACCUGCCGCGGGCCCGGUGGCCGAAGAAGAGCGCGCUGAAGCCGCUGCCGCCGCUGAGCCGGGCCCAGCCGGAGCUCUUCGAGGAGCCGCACCGCGUGAGCGACCGCAAGACGCCGUCCUCGGUCCCGGCGCCGGCGCCCACCCUCCCGACGAGCACGCCCAAGAACGGGCAGAAGGAGGAGCUCUACCACCGGCCGGCGGGCAGCAUCCAGCUGGCGGCUGUCCGGCCUCACGGCAGCCCGUCGGUUAUCGAUACCAUCAAGUCGCUCCUCAGUCUGGAGGAUAGUCUCAACAAGAUCCAGCGAUUUUCUGUCUAGUUCCAAGACAAUGCAAAUCGAGGAAUAGUGCGAUGGCGAAGAAUCAGGCAAACCGCAGAAGCGAUCUCUGGUGACGAGCGAAGAUGCCCUCGUUAAGGAUCUAGGAGCGCUGCGAAAAAAGGAAAACUACUUCCGACAGUAAACUAGAGGUGACGUUAAUUUGGUCAUAUCCCAGCUCCGCAUCUUCCAUCCACUCAGGUUGGGGCAACCUGAGUCAACUAACACGAGGGAAUGUAACUCAACCAGGCUGUAACGCCACGUCUCCUCUCCAUCUUUUAUAUUUUCCCCUCUUUUUUAUUUUAUCUCAAUUUUUUAAUCGCUCCUUUUUUCAACUUUGUAAAAAGGUUCUGCUGUGACGGCGCAACCUUUUUUGGGGGAAUAUUUGUUUGUAGCGUCAUUGAAUCAAGACGUUAAGAGCUGAAUUAGCCCAUCCUCCGACCUUAUAUUUUCAUUUGUAAUGUGAUAGGAAGCACUAUCUUAGAAAAAAACCUCUAAGGCAUCUUUUCCACAUCUUAAAUUUAUUAAAAGUCUCAAUUUAACUGUAAUCCUGAUUACAGAAAGUGGGGUGCAAACUUAGCGAAGACACUGAAGGUGUCGAGUGCAGAUUGUGAGGGGAAUCCUCCACAUUGCACUGACUACCUAUUCAGUGGAUAAGAAUGCAAAAGUUUACACAUUUAGUGAGUUUUUAAUAUUCCAUCCUCUUCGAAAAAUAUUCGCUGUGGCUAAAAAAACGAGUUCAUUCAAGCUUUAAAUGCAUAUAAAGAAAAGUCUUGAAAUGACGUUUACCUGACAUUUAUUCACCCCCCCCCUUCUUUAUAAAUACUUCUGUGACAUUUUACCCAACUUACUCUUGUAAGUAUUCACUUUUUCUACACCUAUCCACCUAAUUAUGUUACGUCUCAUUUCUACUAUCCACUCCUCCUUUUUCCAUCCUCUUUCUACAUAUGAAAUUGACUUCGAAGGAAGAUCGUAAGGAAAAUAUGUUUGAAAUUAUAAAGAAAAUCAAUAAAAAUUAAUUGAUAUCCAAGUGAAAGUAGUAGAAAAUAAGUUGAAAAGUUGUGAAAUUUUAUUUUUAAAAGAUACGCUAUCAAUGAAUAAACUAUUUUAUAUAAUCUUUUAAGAAAGUAUUUUUAUACAUGAAAUUCGGUAGUGAUCACGAAGAACGAUGCUCAAAGCUCAGAUCAAAUAUUAUUUUUUUUCUUGAAGCGGGAAGAAGAACAAUAAAAUCUUUAAGUAUGCAAGUCAAGAAGUAACAAAAUUCCAAAAGAAAAAAAAAUUAAGCAGGCUGCUGCGCUAAACUCAGUUUUCGAAACCCUCUUCUCAGAGAACCUGGUCCGAAGUGGAAAAAUCUUGUACGCAUAAGUUUUUUUAAAAAUCUCAAAAAUUAUCAUUCACUCAUUCAUUUUAUAACUAUUUCUGAUUACGACGUUGCAUAUCAUUUACACUUUCUCAACAUGUCUGCAACAUGAAUAAACUACGAUUCUCCGAAAAAUGUUUCGAUUCACCAAUCAAUCAUUUAUGUAUAGUUUUACUACUUGCGGAAAUAUAAUGAAAGAAAAGAAACACCUUCAUUGUAUCCCGAGGAUGAAAAAUCAUGAAUGCUGCACCUAAACAGAUGUUCGAUUAGGCACUUAUUAUUUAAACUAUGAUUACCAAUUUUCAAUCAACUCUAACAAAUUAAUGUUGUUUAAAUACCUGUAUUAGCUCUUCUUGUCUUGAUAUAUAUAUAUUCAUUAUGCAGCCUAAAAUCUAGGUAUCGUCUGUUUGUGUCUUGAACACAUUUUUACGAUACUACUAAUUCAAAGCGUCAUCGCAACUGAUGAAAGACGGCAGUUCAAUUCCAAAAAAGGAACGUGUUUUAGUUGACGCAAACAAACUGUCAAUUAUUUUCAGAUAAAGUCUGCCGUUCUCAAAAAAAAGGAAAAAAAAAAUACAUAAGCAAAGACGGUGUGAAGACGAACAAAACAAACGAUGAUACCUGCCUAUUUAUGUUUAAAUAAAAGCUACAACUGUAAGGAAAGAAGUAGGUGUAUACUGACUAGAAA